CUUGCGCAUCCAUCUUCCUGCGCUUCCUUAGGGGAUGCUGCAGACGGCUUUGCAGGCGGUUUCCCCUUCGGAAGGGCUGUCCUCCGAGCAGUGAGGGCUGUCCCCCGCAUCCCCCGGGCAUCCCCUUCGGGUAAUUUCCGAGAGCGGAUCGGCGCGGGGCGGGCACGGCCGCCGCUCCGCGCUGCCUCCUGCCCCGCCCGGCGCCGCGGGCCCAGCAGGGCCGGGCCGAGCCGAGCCGAGCCGAGCUAGGCCGGGCCGAGCCGAGCCGAGCCGAGCCGAGCCGAGCCGGGCAUGGCGCCGCUGGUGCUGUACCACUGGACGCAGUCCUUCUCCUCGCAGAAGGUGCGGCUGGCAAUAGCCGAGAAGGCGCUGAAAUGCGAGGAGCGCGAUGUGAACCUGCCCCUGAGCGAGCACAACGAGCCGUGGUUUAUGCGCUUGAGCUCCUCUGGAGAAGUACCCGUCCUCAUCCAUGGGGAAAACGUCAUUUGUGAGGCAACGCAGAUUAUUGAUUACCUUGAAGCAACGUUUGUAGAUGAGGAAGUACCAAGAUUAAUGCCAGAAGAGGGGAGCAUGUAUUAUCCAAGGGUGCAGCACUACAGGGAGCUUUUAGACUCCUUGCCUAUGGAUGCCUACACACAUGGCUGCAUCCUGCACCCCGAGUUAACAGUGGACUCCAUGAUUCCAGCCUAUGCUACCAGCAGAAUCCGUAGCCAAAUAAGUAACACAGAAUCAGAAUUGAAGAAACUUGCAGAAGAAAAUCCAGACCUUCAAGAUGCCUAUAUAGCAAAACAGAAGCGCCUUAAGUCUAAACUGCUGGAUCAUGAUAAUAUAAAAUAUCUAAAGAAAAUACUGGAUGAACUGGAAAAAGUUUUGGAUCAGGUUGAGACUGAAUUGCAGCGGCGAAAUGAGGAAACACCAGAAGAUGGAAAUCAGCCGUGGCUCUGUGGUGAUUUCUUCAGUCUGGCAGAUGUGUCACUUGCUGUCACAUUACAUCGCCUGAAGUUUCUGGGAUUAGCAAGAAGAAACUGGGGAAAUGGAAAGCGGCCCAACUUGGAAGCUUAUUAUGAGCGUGUCGUGAAGAGAAAAGCAUUUUACAAAGUUUUGGGACACGUCAACAAUAUAUUAAUCUCGGCUGUCCUGCCAACAGCGUUCCGCGUGGCCAAGAAGAGGGCUCCCAGGGUUCUGGGCACCACCCUGCUGGUCAGCAUCCUGGCAGGGGUGGGUUACCUUGCUUUCCUCUGUCUUCGGAAGAGAUUUGCCAACACGGUGAUAUCGAUUAGAACCAGGCAAAAUUAUUUUUAGACAUUGUCUGUCCCUGGUGGUGAGUGGAGGGCAUCUCUGCCCUCAGGAAAAUAUCUUCAAUAAAAUAUAAAUGUAGAAGAACGAUUAUGUCUGCGAAUUAGAACUUUGCCACAGAGUAAUCAUCUCCUGCUGCUGUUUAAUUGGGUUGGCAAUGCUGAGGUAGUUUUCAAAAAUAUUUGUUGGGAGGACGACAAAGGAAAGAAGAGACGUACUUUUCAGCCAAGGGACUAUAACUCUGACAGUGCUUUAUUAAAAUGGUUAUUGUCUCCUAUACCCAGUAGCUGACCUAAUUAAUAUGCUUUUAUUUAAUAGAUAUGCAGCAAUGUGACAGCUUUUCACUGUAGAUGAAAUGCAUUAUUGUGAAGAAACCAGCAUUGUUAAAAUACUGAAAAUAGCUCUUACUUUAAAUGCUCAGAGUAAGAUUUAAUUGGAACAUUGUGCCUGUUGUGUACAGGACCAAGUUUCUCUGUACUGAUUAUUGUCUGCUAAUUUGCAGUUGGACCUCUAGGAAUGUGUUAAAAAUAAUCUUGUAAAGCCACUUUUGUCAGUGUAUGUCCAUGCAGCAAUUCAGGAAAAGACCUGAAGCAGGUAAGAGCAUCAGUGAUUUGUCUGCCACACAAGAGAAAUUCUCCAGAGUCAUCACUGGACAACAAAUACUACAAUUUUGCUGAAAUACAAAUGGAAGCAAAACACCUGACACUUGUCUUUUGAAAGUCUUUUGGGCUCAGCCUCGAACUCUGGCAGAAUCAAAUCAAACUGUCUUGGUGCACAUUUGCUGCUUUCUUUGGGGUGGCUUAAUAUGGUUGCCUCCAUAUGAGUGUCCCUUGUACUGUGUUUCACUCUGAGCACUGGCUAUUUUUUGCACACUUCUUGGCAGCACUAGCAAUUGUACGUGUCUGUAUAAAAUGCUUGCCCACAACGUGCCACAACCAACUAUAAAACAUAAGCAGAGCAAUGCCUUUUUGUAUCAGUAAUUAAAAAUAGUUCACUAUCUAUCAGUCUGGUUAGGUAGCCUAGAUUGAAGGUAAAGGUGUAAUUUAGCAAUCUGUUUAAUUAUGGAUGGGGUCAUGUUGAUGCUAAGUGAAAAAUACAGAAAGUUUGGAGACGAUUUGUACUGCUAAUUUUUUGCAAAACCGCCCUCUUGUUGCAUGGAGGAAAGGUGUAGAAAAACAGUUUGAUUACUUCCUAUUACUCAAUAGAUACUGUGAGUUUUAUUAGUUUUGAACUGAGCUCCCAUUUCAACAAGAAAUGUACAUUUACCUGAAAUGUAUAUUGAAUCCUUUUGCAUCAAAAAAGCAUUUGGGAAGGGCUGAAAAUUCUCAUGACAGUUCAGUAAGAUUUUUGUAUGCUUGAUGAAUGUUUGAAAGCCUCAGAGUUUUGUUUACAAGUUGUACAUAGAUGCAACAAACAAAGCAUAGCUUUAAGUGUUUGCCUAUCAACAAUCAGUGCUAACAGGCCUAAGUACAAUUUAGGUCCCGUGCUGCUGGGUGUGGUCUCUCUGCACAAUUGCAUUUAGGUGUCAAGAAGAUCAUCUCAAGUUUGCUGGAGAGAACUGAGGUCAGUUUCUGUCUGGGCAAGCUCACCAUCUAGUAGAUAUCAAUACGGAUAAAAUUAUUGGAUACUCCUGCUUAUUAUUUAAUAUUGUGCUAGUUGUCUAGUAAAAGUAGACCUAAAUCUCAUUACUCCUUUUCAGUAAUAAGAAACAUCUUACCUAGGAAACAAUGUGCUUUUUCAUUUGUAAAAAAGACAGUUUUAUAUAAUUCUAUUUCAUGAUCCAGUGGUUCUCAAGAACUUGUUGAAUUGAAUGUGCUCUAUUUGGUAAAGAUUUAUUAUCUCUAGAGUGGGUUUAAUCCAACAAUACUAUUAAUGUACUGGCAGCUUUAACUGAGUUUGCUGUUUGUGUGUUGCAGUUCAUCUACAUUUACUUGUAGCUAUCAAAUUCCACUAAAUUAAUAAACACAGAGUAAGACCUGUAA